AUGGCUGCUGUUCUUGUUGGCAGAAUCGAGACCUCUGGUGGCAUUAUCCCAACAUUGCAAGUUAGCACCACAAAGAGUGACCUCAGCGAUCGAAACUCUCUUUCUCUCACCACCGGACACACCUCUAAUGAACUCGUUACCGACCUUGGUGUUGUAAGUGUGGCUCAAACCGUAAGUAGCCAUGUAAACCUGGGCCAUGUGCUUGGCGUACUCUUCUCUGGUAACGCCUGGAGCUCUGUUUUGCGGAGUUCUCAUUUGUGCGGCGAAAGUAAGAGUCUCACCAACGGUCAAAUGAGGGAAAUGGAUAUCGGACUCGGCAGAGUAGACAACCUCACCUCGAUAAUGCUUCUUGAUAUCGUCAACGGACAAUCCGUCGUACGAGAUCAGGGAGCUCUUGUCAACCUCCAAACCCCAAGUGUGGGAGGAGAUGGUCUUAAGCAAUGUAGAACAUCCGGCACCAGGUCUUCCCAAAACAACGGUCACAGCUGGAAAUCCGAGUCAGAAGCAAUACCCUUAACACAAAGAUCCUUAUACGUGAUACCUAAAGAAGUUGGUUUGUAA